GGAUGCGAUGCUUAUUUCUUUUUAGUACUGGAAUGACAAGCUCAAGACUGUGGCUGUUACAGCACCUGAUAACAACGUGAACAUUUAAUUCAAAUCUGCAACUUAAGAACAAACCUACAUACCUAGCCUUAUUCUUUCCUGUCACCUCUGUGCUACUGAGGCCAGCAUUGGCUUGCCCUUGUUGCUGCUUACCUUGUUUGGAAUCAGUCAUGGCUGACGACUCUCAGAGAAACUUUCGCUCAGUAUAUUAUGAAAAAGUGGGGUUUCGUGGAGUUGAAGAAAAGAAGUCACUGGAAAUUCUGUUGAAAGAUGACCGGUUGGAUAUUGAGAAGCUUUGCACAUUUAGUCAAAGGUUUCCUCUCCCAUCCAUGUAUCGUAUACUGGUGUGGAAGGUACUUUUAGGAAUUAUUCCUCCUCACCAUGAAUCUCAUGCUUUGGUGAUGAAGUAUCGAAGGGAACAGUACUGGGAUGUACAUCAUGCUCUUCAUGUAAUCCGUUUUAUCGAUGAGUCUACCCCACAGGUAGAUGUUUUCCUCCGUAUACAUCAACUGGAAUCAGGAAAACUGCCUCGAAACUUGACUUUUCCAUUG